AUGCAAACAAGAUCUCACAUCAAACAAAACAAAGAGUUCGAAAGCGCCAAGAUGAAGGGCACUGCCACUCAGCAAUCUCCGAACACCACAAGGAACGUCAACGCACCUUUGAGCCAUUUAAUUCAAAUUCUCAGCUCAUCUAGGGUUUUUCUUGCUCCACCUUCCCUACCAAUUGUGUUGCGGUUAGGAAUGGACGGCGAGGAGUUGACUGAGCAGGAGACUGCUCUUUACGAUCGCCAAAUUAGGGUUUGGGGCGCUGGUGCCCAGAGAAGACUGAGCAAAGCUCAUAUACUAGUCUGUGGAAUUACUGGAACUAUUGCUGAGUUUUGCAAGAAUAUUGUACUAGCCGGAGUUGGUAGUUUGACACUGGUUGAUGAUCGGGCUGUGACCGAAGAAGCGCUUUCUGCCAACUUUCUGAUACCUUCUGAUGAAAAUGUGUGUGCCGGGAAAACUCUAACUGAACUUUGUCGCGAUUCUCUGAAAGAUUUCAAUCCGAUGGUUCGUGUUUCUGUAGAAAAAGGUGAUUUGUCAAGCUUCGGAGCAGAGUUCUACAGUAAGUUUGAUGUCGUCGUUGUCAGUUGUUGCUCCUUCACAACUAAAAAAUUGAUAAAUGAAAAAUGCCGAAAGUUAUCGAAGCGUGUGGCAUUUUAUACAGUUGACUGUAGAGACUCUUGUGGUGAAAUAUUUGUUGAUCUGCAACACCACAAAUACUCGAAGCAAAAACGGGAGGAAGCAAUCGAAUGCGAACUACAUUAUCUAAGUUUUGAGGAAUCAAUUUCAGUACCUUGGAAAGCACUUCCCAGGAAAUUCUCAAAACUAUACUUUGCUAUGCGAGUAAUAGAAAGGUUUGAAGAAGCUGAGCAACGUAAACCUGGAGAAUUAUCAAUUGCAGAUCUUCCUGCUGUUGUGAAGUUGAAAAAGGAGCUCUGUGAGGCACAGUCAUUGAACGAAUCUCAUAUCCCAAAUGUCCUCCUCGAAAGACUGGUGACUGAUACAAGAGAAUUUCCUCCAGUUUGUCCCAUCAUUGGGGGGAUUCUCGGACAGGAGGUCAUUAAGGCAAUAUCAGGCAAAGGAGACCCUCUCAAGAAUUUCUUCUUCUUCGAUGCUAUGGAUGGAAAGGGCAUAAUAGAGGACGUAUCAGGGAAGACUUGA